AAAUUAAAUUUAGGUCUUAGAACACUUUGUCUAGGUUAUGCCGAAAUUAGUCAAGAACAAUAUAAUAAAUGGAAUAUUGAAUUCCGUGAGGCAUCAACUGCACUUAAUGAUCGUGAUAAGAGAGUUGCUAAUGCUUCUGACAAGAUCGAAAAAGAUUUAAUUCUGCUUGGAGCUACUGCAAUAGAGGAUCGUUUGCAAGAUGGAGUGCCAGAAUGUAUAGCCACUCUAAAACGUGCCGGUAUAAAAAUCUGGGUAUUGACAGGAGAUAAAAUGGAAACAGCAAUUAGCAUAGGUUUUUCUACUUGUUUAUUAAGUAGGGAAAUGAAUCUCAUUAUCGUUAGGGGUGGUGCUUAUGGAGAACCUGGUAGUGCUUAUGAACAAAUGCGUAAUGCAGUAGAAAAGUUCUUUCCAAGUGAGCUAGAAAUUCUCGAAUCUGCUGCGAAAGCACCUCCUGUAGUAUUGAAUAAUAACGGUACUCGACCAUCAAUGACACAUACACGAGAAAUGAGCUUUGGUGGUAUUUCUCUUUUUUCCGAUUUAUCAAAUGUUCAUCGACCCGGUGGGUAUGCCUUGAUAAUUGAUGGUUCGGCCCUCAAACAUACAUUAGAUGAACCCUUUAGUCGGAGCUUACUUUUAGAUUUGGCUUGUCGAUGUAAAGGGGUUAUUUGUUGCCGUGUUUCUCCUCUGCAAAAAGCUAAAGUUGUAGAGUUGGUGAAGGAAGGAAAGCAGGCUGUAACAUGUGCAAUAGGAGAUGGCGCCAACGAUGUUAGCAUGAUUCAGGCCGCACACAUUGGCAUUGGUGUAGCGGGAGAAGAAGGACUACAAGCUGUUAUGGCGUCCGAUUAUGCCAUUGCACAAUUUCGUUUUCUUACUCGUCUCUUGUUAGUUCAUGGACAUUAUGCUUACAUUCGUAAUUCCAACUUAAUUUUAAACUUCUUUUAUAAGAAUAUGAUUGGCGUCGGAGUUCUAUUUUGGUUUCAAUUAUUUGAUGGAUAUUCCACAACAGUCAUUUUUGAGUAUACAUAUACAUUGUUUUGGAAUUUAUUCUUCACCUGUUGCGCUGUGUUGGCCAUUGGUGUUUUUGAUCGUGACGUUCCUGAUAGAGUGGCAAUUGAGGUACCAGAAUUAUAUCAAUGGGGAAUGAAAAAGACAGCGUAUACAAUGCCCAUAUUUUUUGUAUUCAUGUUUGAAGGAAUAUAUCAAUCCCUGGUGUGCUUUUUUGUUCCAUAUUUUGCUUAUGAUUUUGGGAGUGUAAACGCUGGUGGUCAUUCGCCUGAUUAUCUUGAACUGGGCACAGAGAUGGCAGCAGCUUGUAUUACAGUGGCUAAUCUGUUUAAUGGAUUUAAUUCUGAAUGUUGGACG